CUUCAAAACUCCCUGAACCCAGUCCCGCCUUGCCUCCCUGCCUCCCUUGUUUCAUAGAGGCUGCCUGCCGCAUUCUUCGUUCUCCAUCGCCUUGGGAAUUGAACUGGAUUUUAUUUUAUUGACCUGGGAGGAAGUCCCGGCUGCAGUCUGCUGGAAAGGCACUUUGUCUGGCAGGAUGCAUAAUUGAAGCCGUAUAGAUCCUUUUAAGUGCUUCUUGGGCGGGUAAUGGACCCUCUGCGGUGAGCCGGCGGCAGCCGUUCUCCUCUGACCCGGCAACACUCUGUGCCUGAAAGCAUUUUCUGUGCGGUGCCUCCAUGCUCCCUGUCCUUGGGGCCUGAAAGAUGUCAUGGCGGCCGCAGUAUCGCAGCUCCAAGUUCCGGAACGUUUACGGCAAAGUGGCCAACCGGGAGCACUGCUUCGAUGGGAUCCCCAUCACCAAGAACGUCCAUGACAACCACUUCUGCGCCGUCAACACCAAAUUCCUUGCCAUCGUGACGGAAAGCGCCGGAGGGGGAGCCUUCCUUGUUAUCCCAUUGGAACAAACCGGCCGGAUUGAGCCCAACUACCCCAAAGUGUGUGGCCAUCAGGGCAACGUGCUCGACAUCAAAUGGAACCCUUUCAUUGAAAAUAUCAUUGCCUCCUGCUCAGAGGACACCUCAGUCCGGAUAUGGGAGAUCCCGGAGGGGGGCCUGAAGCGCCACAUGACGGACAGUGUACUAGAGCUCUAUGGACACAGCCGGCGCGUCGGGCUCGUCGAAUGGCAUCCGACGGCCAGCAACAUCCUCUUCAGCGCUGGAUACGACUACAAGAUCCUCAUCUGGAACCUGGAUGUUGGGGAACCCGUCAAGAUGAUCGACUGCCACUCAGACGUCAUCCUCUGCAUGUCCUUCAACACGGACGGCAGCUUGGUUGCCACCACUUGCAAAGACAAGAAGCUCCGGGUCAUUGAGCCACGCUCCGGGAAGGUCCUCCAGGAGGCAAACUGUAAGAAUCAUCGUGUGAACCGGGUGGUCUUCCUAGGGAAUAUGAAGAGGCUGCUCACCACGGGGGUCUCACGGUGGAACACGCGGCAGAUCGCUCUUUGGGAUCAGGAAGACCUCUCCAUGUCCUUAAUCGAAGAGGAGAUUGACGGAUUGUCCGGCCUGCUAUUCCCUUUCUAUGAUGCCGACACUCACAUGCUGUACCUGGCAGGAAAGGGAGACGGGAACAUCCGUUACUACGAAAUCAACACAGAGAAGCCAUAUUUCACGUACCUCAUGGAGUUCCGCUCCGCAGCCCCACAGAAAGGCCUCGGAGUGAUGCCCAAGCAUGGCCUAGACGUGUCCAUGUGCGAAGUGUUCCGCUUCUACAAGGUCAUCACGCUCAAGGGCCUCAUUGAACCCAUUUCCAUGAUUGUGCCCAGGAGGUCAGAAACGUAUCAGGAAGACAUUUACCCCAUGACUCCAGGAACUGAACCUGCCCUCACUCCGGAUGAAUGGCUCAGUGGAACGAAUAGAGAUCCCAUUUUAAUGUCCUUAAAGGAAGGCUAUAAGAAAGUUUCCAAAGUAGUUUUUAAGGCACCCAUAAGAGAGAAAAAGAGUGUUGUCGUGAAUGGGAUCGAUCUCUUGGAAAACGUGCCCCCCAGGACAGAGAAUGAGCUCCUGCGAAUGUUCUUCCGGCAGCAGGACGAAAUCCGGCGGCUGAAGAGCGACCUUUCGCAGAAGGACGUCCGCAUCCGGCAGCUGCAGCUGGAGCUGAAGAACCUCCGCAACAGCCCCAAGAACAAUGAACUCUGAGGGACAUUUUCUAACGGAGAGGAAAACACCCCUUGUUUAUGAUCCCCUGCCCUAUGAUUCCACUGUGUCCACCUUAAAAAACCCCGUUGAGGUAUGAGCCUGAAGUCCCCCCAAAAGCCGAGGCCUACUAGCUGGAAGUCGGUUCCUUCGUUGGCCAUUACUUCAGACUCAAAGACGUUGUAUGCAAUGCGAACGACUGCAUGAAAAGAACACGAGAUCCUCCAGAGUCAGGAGGAGAAUGAACCCGUUCCUUAAAGUUAGAGCAUUAACCUAUUCAUUUCAUCCUUUGAGCUUUCAGGGGAUGAGAACGGAAAGCCUGCUGCCCUGACAGAAAGCAAGCCGAAUUUAUUCCUAUAUAGAUAUAUAUUUGUUCCUAUGCAAAGUGUGACUGACAAUACACACUGGGGUACAGAACUGGAAUUCAGGUUAGAAACCACAAAAUAACUGGAAGGUACAGGGAUGAGCUAAAUAUGCCUUUUCUCGCUUGGAGCAAAGACGACGAUCCCAGCAUCUCUUUAUAGGAUCCCAAAAGGCCAUGCUUUCUCAGCGUUCCUUAACCCACCCGUCCCUAGACAUUGCACAUCUUUCCAUUCAGAUCC